GUUCCCGCGAGACAGUGGAAUGCUCGAUCCCUGUGCCAAACAAGCGGGCGAUGAAGGCGGUGGGGUCCGCGCGUGCAUGAAGUAUACGUCACUAGUGCCCCUCACUGACCUCAGCUCGCCCGCUGCAAGCCCUAGAUCUGCUGCCAGGUACGAUCUCUCAUUCCUUCCCAAGCUUUCUCCUUUACAUUUCGAACUCAUCGACAUUUCCUGCGUUUGUAAGAACGAUAGCAUAGCCCACACCCAACAAUGGCAUCGAACGAAUACUACAGCGGCGGUGGAGGCGGCGGCUACGGCGGAGACGAACGACGCGGUGAGGGAUACGGAGAGCGUCGAAAUGAAGGCGGCGGAUAUGGCGAAGAGAGGCGCCAUGAAGGAGGUGGUGGUGGUUAUGGCGAAGACAGGCGCCAGGGUGGAGGAGACUACAACGAUCGUCCUUCGCAAGGUUAUGGCGGAGGUGGAGGUUAUGGAGAGGAGCGUCGCCAUGGAGGAGGUGGAGAUAACAACGACCGUCCGAGCCAGGGAUAUGGCGGAGGUGGAGGUCGUGACGAUUACAACGACCGUCCCAGCCAGAGCUAUGGAGGAGGAGGCGGCAGCGGAGGCUAUGGCGACGAGCAGCAGCAUUCAAGCGGCGGUGGAUACGGCCAGCAGCACUCAAGUGGCACCUCCUACGGCGGGGGCGGCUACGCGUCUGACGAUUUCUCCGGCGCAGCUCAACACGCGCAAUCUCAUGCUGGCGGCGCUGGCGACUCGGACCUCUUCAGCACCGCGCUGGGCCUCCUUGGUGGAAAGAAGUCCAAGCUCCAAGAAGAAGACGUUGACGAGGAAGAUGCAGUUAAGCAGCACCAAAAACUGUACGGAGGAGGCAACGACCACGAGCCAGCGUCCUCUGGUAGUGUCGGUACCGCUGCUGCUAUGCAGGCCUUGAAGAUGUUCACUGGAGGCAACCAGGAGCAGGCCUCUGGCGGACAGAACAAAUUCAUUGGACUGGCGAUGGGACAGGCUGCGCAGCUUUUCGAUCAGCAGAGUGCGCAGGGCAAGACGCAGUCUGGGGCUACGAAGCAGGAUGCUGUUGCUCAGGCUGCGCAGAUGGCGCUCAAGUUCUACAUGAAGAGCGAGAUGGGCGGUGGUGGCGCUGCUGCUAGCGGUGGAGGAUCGGGUGGUGGCAUGGGUGGACUGAUGAACUUGGCCAGCAAGUUUCUGAAGUAAACGACGGGCAUAUCUGCAGCUCAAUGUUGACAGAAUGAAGCUAGAGCCGCAGUAGGUCAGGUUUACCAUUAUGUAUGCACACAAUUGACUACACUUCUUAUGGAGC